AUGAGUUCAAAGUACAGUGCUGUGUUUGCACUUCCUGAUCUGAUCCAAGAAGCACCAGUAGUUCUCGGGUGCAGCCCCUUCACUGCCCAGUCGCCAUCGAAGCCUUCGGUAAAUCAGAUAAACAAGUGUCUGCCUACUGAAUCUCGAGGUGACUUCUCUGGAUUAGACUGUUACAGCCUGCUUCUGUGCUGUUCCUUCUUGCCUCGAACUUGUAAACAGGACCUAGUACAAUAUGCAAGUGGAAAGUCACAAACUUCUGGGUUUUUGAAAGGAUCCUUGGGACCUCAUGCAUAUCUGUGGAAACUGGAUGGAGAGAUUUGGGGAAGCAUGGACUCUUUCGCUGGCUUAGUUCUCUGUGGAGUCAGCUUGCUCCUUUCUGGAGCAGUGGAAGCUGCCAUGGACCUGAUCCUGAUCAAUUCCCUACCUCUCGUAUCUGAUGCUGAAACAUCCCUCACCUGCAUUGCCUCUGGAUGGCGCCCCCAUGAGCCCAUCACCAUAGGAAGAGACUUUGAAGCCUUAAUGAAUCAGCACCAGGAUCCACUGGAAGUUACUCAAGACUCGACCAGAGAAGGGGCUAAAAAAGUUGUCUGGAAGAGAGAAAAAGCUAGUAAGAUCAAUGGCGCUUAUUUCUGUGAAGGCCGAGUUCGAGGAGAGGCAAUAAGGAUACGGACUAUGAAGAUGCGUCAACAAGCCUCCUUCCUACCAGCUACUUUAACUAUGACUGUGGACAGGGGAGAUAAUGUGAACAUAUCUUUCAAAAAGGUGUUGAUUAAAGAAGAAGAUGCAGUGAUUUACAAAAAUGGUUCCUUUAUCCAUUCAGUGCCUCGGCACGAAGUACCUGAUAUUUUAGAAGUGCACCUGCCUCAUGCUCAGCCCCAGGAUGCUGGAGUGUACUCGGCCAGGUACAUAGGAGGAAACCUCUUCACCUCAGCCUUCACCAGGCUGAUAGUCCGGAGAUGUGAAGCUCAGAUGUGGGGACCUGAAUGUAACCGUCUCUGUACUUCAUGUAAGAACAAUGGUGUCUGCCAUGAAGAUACUGGAGAAUGCAUCUGUCCUCCUGGGUUUAUGGGGAGAACAUGUGAGAAGGCUUGUGAACUGCACACAUUUGGCAGAACUUGUAAAGAAAGGUGUAGUGGACCAGAGGGAUGCAAGUCUUACGUAUUCUGUCUCCCAGACCCAUAUGGGUGUUCCUGUGCCACAGGCUGGAAAGGACUGCAGUGCAAUGAAGCAUGCCACCCUGGGUAUUAUGGGCCAGAUUGUAAGCUUAGGUGCAGUUGCACCAAUGGGGAGUUGUGCGAUCGGUUCAAGGGAUGUCUCUGCUCUCCAGGAUGGCAAGGGCUCCAGUGUGAGAGAGAAGGUAUGCCAAGGAUGACACCAAAGAUAGAGGAUUUGCCUGAUCACAUAGAAGUAAACAGUGGUAAAUUUAAUCCCAUCUGCAAAGCCUCUGGUUGGCCGCUACCUGCUAAUGAAGAAAUGACACUGGUGAAGCCUGAUGGAACAGUGCUCUAUCCAAAAGACUUUAACCAUACGGAUCAUUUCUCAGUAGCCAUAUUCACCAUCCACCGGAUCCUCCCCCCUGACUCAGGAGUUUGGGUCUGCAGUGUGAACACAGUGGCUGGAAUGGUGGAAAAGCCUUUCAACAUUUCUGUUAAAGUUCUUCCAGAGCCCCUGAAUGCCCCAAAUGUGAUCAACACUGGACAUAACUUUGCUGUCAUCAACAUCAGUUCUGAGCCUUACUUUGGAGAUGGGCCUAUCAAAUCCAAGAAGCUUCUAUAUAAACCUGUUAAUCAUUAUGAGGCUUGGCGACAUAUUCAAGUGACAAGUGAGAUUGUUACACUCAACUAUUUGGAGCCUCGAACUGAAUAUGAGCUCUGUGUGCAGCUGGUUCGCCGUGGAGAGGGUGGAGAAGGGCAUCCUGGACCUGUGAGACGGUUCACAACUGCUUCAAUCGGGCUCCCUCCUCCAAAAGGUCUCAGUCUCCUACCAAAAAGUCAGACCACUCUAAAUUUGACCUGGCAACCAAUCUUUCCAAGCUCAGAAGAUGACUUUUAUGUUGAAGUGGAGAGAAGGUCUAUGCAAAUAAAAAGUGAUCAGCAGAAUAUAAAAGUGCCUGGCAACUUGACUUCAGUUCUACUCAACAACUUGCACCCUAGGGAGCAAUAUGUAGUCCGAGCCAGAGUCAACACCAAGGCCCAGGGGGAGUGGAGUGAAGAUCUCAUGGCUUGGACCCUUAGUGACAUUCUUCCUCCUCAACCAGAAAAUAUCAAGAUUUCUAACAUCACAGACUCCUCAGCUGUAAUUUCUUGGACAAUAUUGGAUGGCUAUUCUAUUUCUUCUAUUAUCAUCCGUUACAAGGUUAAGGGAAAGAAUGAGGACCAGCACAUUGAUGUGAAGAUAAAGAAUGUCACCAUCACUCAAUAUCAGCUGAAGGGCCUGGAGCCUGAAACAGCUUAUCAGGUGGACAUUUUUGCAGAGAACAACAUAGGGUCAAGCAACCCAACCUUUUCUCAUGACCUGAUGACCCUCACAGAAUCCCCAGCAGCCACAGACCUUGGAGGCGGGAAGAUGCUGUUGAUAGCCAUCCUUGGUUCUGCUGGAAUGACUUGCCUGACGGUGUUGUUGGCCUUUCUGAUCAUGCUGCAACUGAAGAGGGCAAAUGUCCAAAGAAGAAUGGCCCAAGCCUUCCAAAAUGUGAGGGAAGAACCAGCUGUGCAGUUCAACUCAGGAACUCUGGCCCUAAACAGGAAGGUCAAAAACAACCCAGAUCCUACCAUUUAUCCAGUGCUUGAUUGGAAUGACAUCAAAUUUCAAGAUGUGAUUGGGGAGGGCAAUUUUGGCCAGGUUCUUAAGGCACGCAUCAAGAAGGACGGGUUACGGAUGGACGCUGCCAUCAAGAGAAUGAAAGAAUAUGCUUCCAAAGAUGAUCACAGGGACUUUGCAGGAGAGCUGGAGGUUCUUUGUAAACUUGGACACCAUCCAAACAUCAUCAACCUUCUGGGAGCAUGUGAACAUCGAGGUUACCUAUACCUGGCCAUUGAGUAUGCUCCCCACGGAAACCUCCUGGACUUCCUGCGCAAGAGCCGCGUGCUCGAGACUGACCCGGCAUUCGCCAUUGCCAACAGCACUGCUUCCACACUGUCCUCCCAGCAGCUUCUUCAUUUUGCUGCAGAUGUGGCCCGGGGCAUGGACUACUUGAGCCAGAAACAGUUUAUCCACAGGGAUCUGGCUGCCAGGAACAUUUUAGUUGGUGAGAACUAUGUAGCCAAAAUAGCAGAUUUUGGAUUGUCCAGAGGACAAGAAGUGUAUGUGAAAAAGACUAUGGGAAGGCUCCCUGUGCGCUGGAUGGCGAUUGAGUCUCUAAAUUACAGUGUGUAUACGACCAACAGUGAUGUCUGGUCCUAUGGUGUGUUGUUAUGGGAGAUUGUUAGCUUAGGUGGCACUCCCUACUGCGGGAUGACCUGUGCAGAGCUCUACGAGAAGCUGCCCCAGGGAUACAGACUGGAGAAGCCCCUGAACUGUGAUGAUGAGGUGUAUGAUCUAAUGAGACAAUGCUGGAGGGAGAAGCCUUACGAGAGGCCUUCAUUUGCCCAGAUAUUGGUGUCCUUAAACCGGAUGCUAGAAGAACGAAAGACCUACGUGAAUACCACGCUUUAUGAGAAGUUUACCUACGCUGGAAUCGACUGCUCUGCUGAAGAAGCAGCCUAAGACGGAACAUCUUCGUCUCUAUAGCAUUUCCCCUUCAUUGGCAUGAGAGACCCUGAUACCUAAGAAAUCCAGCAAGGCUCUGCCCAGAGAUGUGAUGUGGAAGUGUGAGCUUUGCCAGACGUCUGGGACCUUUGCCACACACUGUAUGGAUCUGCAGUGCUCUGACUCUAAUAGGACUGUAUAUACUGUUGUAAGAAUGUGUUGGAAUCAGAAUGCCUGUUUGUCAUUUCAUAAGCAAUAAUAUAUUUUUCUAAAAAUGUGGACUUCAUAGGAAGGUGUGAGUACAAAUACUGUAAUACACAAGGCAUUAUUGUCCUACAUAUUUUUGAUACUUACCUUUAUAUUGAAUGCUAUCAAAUGUUUUUCUGGGUAGAAGUGAACUAUUGUUAAUAAACCUAACACCGCACAGAUAAAUGAGGGAAAUGUAUGAAUUCUAACAAGAUAGGUUAAUAUUUAAGCGUCUGAAAAAUCCAAAUGACAGAAAAGAGCCUUUUAUCUUGAUUUUCUCCUCACCUGUAGAAACAAGUUCAAUUUCAUUUGACCAUAUGACAACUUUGUCAUGUGUUUUCAUAGCACACAAGGAAGCCAGAUGGCUAACUUCUGAAAACUGACUUAAAUCUCAUUCCAUAAAGGCCAAAGGACCUUUAGAAAGCAUAAACAAGUUUAACAGAUAAUUUAAUGGGAUUUAGUUUUAGUUUCUCUAGUAACACUGACUUGUGUGUUUUAAGAAAUAAUAAAAAUAGAAAGUCUUAAGGUGUACUUGGGAGAUGUGACAUUUAUCAUAUCAAAUUAUCCCUACAUGUAUUACACAUUGUAAAACGUUUUAGUUUUAUUCAGUUUUGAUUUUAUCAUUUAUACUGUAGGCAUACAUUGCACUGAGAUCGUAUUGUAAGUGAAUAAAAGUGUUACCUACCCACAUUUCAUUCAGGAGUAUGUCUCAUAGGUUUUGCCAAAUGGCUUUAGUAUACUUUAAAGAAAAUGCCUUAAAAAUUAUUAGCCCCUAACUUGUCAGGAGUUAAGUAUGUAGUAGGUGAAU